UCAAAUUAAACAGAAGAGACCUUGAGUUUAAAACUAAUGUCAAAUCUAUCUUUCAACAGUAACCAAUUAACUACAUUAAAGCCGGAAUAACUACUAUAACGUUCUUAACGUGCCAAAUUAAAAACGUACAACACAGGAAAUAAGAAAAACGCGCGAGAGUGCAUUUGCAACAGAGCGUCGAUCCUGUGACGUAUUAACGUUUUGUAAUACGCAUGCGCAAUCAUCGCGCCAAAGUGCAGCAAGGAAACGAAGGCACUUCCUCCCGCCAGUUUCUCACGAUGGACGGACUCGAUGAAGUUGCGAUUUGUACUCUAAAAGCUGCUAACAUUGGGGAAGACAUUUUACCAACUCUCUCACGGGAUGAUAUCCGAGAUCUCUUUCCUGGUCCUGAGCACUUCCUGCGACGCAGAGCCAUUUGGCAUAUUGUUCAUAAGGAAGAACAGGGGCACACCAUUCCUGUUGAACCCCAAGGUUCAUCAGCUGAUGAUGAACAUAAUGGAAGUCCAAAAAGAGAUGACCCCAGCACUUCAAAGUUUUUGAAGUUACCCAGCCCAGAAUACGUUCUCUUCACUGAUAGUGAACUACAACAUGUGAGACGUGCAUACUUCGAGCAGCAACGUCUUGGAAAAGAGGGUGAAGUCACCUUAUCAAAGGAGCUCUUCUGCCGACUCAUCCGAAAUACCAUGACAAAUAUGAUAUCUAUUGCAAGAGCCUCUUCAGAUGACUACAAAUAUCCCACUAAACAUGAAGUUAUUGCCAUGGCAAAGCGGUUAGUACAGUACUACCCUAUGAUAAAAGAUAAGUCAACUGGAUCGAGUCAUGAGUGGGACACUGUUGCCAAAAAGCUCUUGAAGCGACUUUCAAAUAUCCGAAGUCCUGUGAAGGCCAAACACCCUCCCUCCAAGAGAGCACGUCUGAAUGAAGUACCGUCUGCUGCAGUGGCAAGUGACUAUGAUGCUGAUUCCAGUGCAUCAACAGUUCAUCUAUCACCACCUUCAAGAUCAAGCACCCCACAGCAAGAAAAUGACAGCAUUGAUGAAGCAUCCGACGGUCCAGACAACAGCCUUGACAGCCAGAAAACACAGGCACGACAUUACAGGACUCUGCAAGAAAUGUACAAAGCAAAGAAGCCAAACAAAGCUGCUGUAACUCAUCUAUUAGACCUGGAGUUCCAGUCCAGAAGAAAUUUCAUUGACUCAAAUGCUUUGAAGGAGCAAGACCGACCCACAAAAAUUUUACAGGCAUACCCGUGCUUCAAAGAACUGGACCAUGUAUUGGAUGAACUGCGGAGAGUCAUUGAGCCAAACAAUAGCCAAUACACUUCUGAGGUGAAAGGCAGGUGGGAGAACUUCUACUCCAAAGUUCAGUUUUAUGGCGUCAUGAAGAAAGUCAUGAAGCCUCCAAGGACAUUAAAUGGAGUUGAACAUGCCAUUGCAGUUUUUACUGCCCUGCCACUGCUCUUCCCAUCUGGCUCUGCAGCACCCAAGAAACUGGUCCCAAUCAGUGAGGCUCUUUUCCACGUCCUCACGCCCUCUGAGGAUCCUGAUACCUACAUCCACCGGCGUGUGCUUUCUAGUCCUGUCUUGCUGAUUGGUGAGCAGAACUGCAUUGUGGUUGUAGGUACAACUCCAGUUGUAACAUUUGAGAAAGAUUUGCUCCACGAGGGACCUCUCUACCUCCUGGCCUAUUACUACGCAUUUCACCUGACGUAUCCCAAGUGUAUUGCCACACUCUUGUCUGUGUUACAAACACAAGUACUUGGAGAUGUCAUCCAUGAGCAGGAUGCAACCUCCUCGUACAAGAAGGCCAUUCAUGAAUGGAAAAUGUUUGUUGAGUAAUUUCUUUCCUAAGAUGUUGUAUGGCUAAGUCAGUGAGGGCUGCAGGUUUUUUUGGUUUGUUGUUG